AUGUUGACCUCCUCGCCACUGAUGACAAUGACUUGGGCCUUUACAAAGUAUUCUAUUGACCUUGUGCCGGAUCCAUCACCAUACUCCCGUCAACCUUAUAGGUACAACAGAGAGGACCGCAAUUUCAGUGAGCGCCAACGUCAAGAGCUUCAUGCAAACGUCUCGGGCGCCAAGAAGACGCGGCUGGACCCGGGACUUUUCUGGACAGCCAGCCAGCUGCCACGUGCCAAUGAACUGAAAGCCAAGAAACGACCGGAUGCCAAGGCAAGCCUGGGCUCGGCUGCACUGGAUCGUGCCAGUUCUCUGUAUGACCUCCGACAGCAGCUCAGCCACAAGAUUGAGGCUUUCCGAGGUAAGAGACCAGCACAAAGUGAGCGCAAGGCCACCAAACAAGCCGCCAAGCCAACUGCUAAGACAACCGAGAACAAGCGACACAAGCUAAGUCAAGACAGCCCAGCGGCUACGAGCAACAUGAAAGCGGGAAAGGCACCCCAGCCCGCAGCUGCGUUGAAUCGUGACAGUCACAUCAUCUACAGUAAGUUCAAAGUGACUGACUCCUCAUUUGGGACAGACGCACGACCCAAGGUUGCAAAGAAGAAGAAGGUUGUCCGUCAAGUGGAGGUGAAUGCAGAAACGAUGAAGAACAUUGCGGAAUAUGACCCGGGACGACGUGCAAAAGAGGCUCAGGAGAAGCGACACUGGCACCGGGCUCUAGACAGGGCAGAAGGGAUCAAGGUGAGAGAUGACCCUGUUCUUUUGGCGGCAUCGCUGAAGAGGCGCGAGAAGCGGCGGCAGCAAAGGCGCAAGAAGUGGGAUUCACGCAGUCAGCGCGACAGCAACGUCAGAUGGAGCGCAAGAAGAAACGUCGGGACAUCAUCAAGACACGCAAGCAGGCCAUGCUUCAGACGAAGAUGA